CCAUAAACUUUCCCGUGAUUUAAGACCUCUUUGCGGACCACAAAUAUCCCACGCGUCCCAGACGUACAUCAUCUCCUUUUUCUUUGGACAGUUGAAAGCUAGAGAAAAAUCAGAUCCAAAUGGCAAACACAGCUCUACAUCUGGUGCUGAUGGUGUUCAUCUCCUUGGUGGUGUCCUUCACUGAAGCGAAGUGGGCUGAGUCCGUGGAGGCAACAAAGGAAGCGACGCCAUCGGAGACAGUAACCAACCUCCAGUUCUACUUCCACGACACAGUCAGUGGGAAGAACCCUAGUGCCGUACGUGUGGCUCAAGCUUCCGACACCGAAAAGUCUCCGACACUUUUCGGGGCUUUACUCAUGGCUGAUGACCCGCUCACCGAGACUCCCGACCCCAAUUCCAAGCUCGUAGGCCGGGCACAAGGGCUAUACGGGUCAUCCUGCCAGCAGGAACUUGGCCUGAUUAUGGCCAUGAGCUUUGCGUUCUCGGACGGUACGUACAAUGGUAGCUCCAUUAGUAUUUUUGGAAAGAACCCGAUCACGAACCCAAUUCGGGAGUUGCCGGUUGUGGGUGGAACUGGGGUUUUCCGGUUGGCUCGUGGCUAUGCAAUUGCCCAUACGCAUUGGGUAAAUGCCACAGCUGGCGAUGCAGUUGUUGGAUACAAUGUCACUGUAGUUCACUAGAGCUAGCUCUUUGAACUUUUCUUUUAGUUUUCCUAUCAUUUGUGCUUUAAAUUUCUGUGUUGUUCCUUUUUAUUUAUAUCAUCUCUUUUAUGAUCAUUCAGUGUCAAUAUAUGUCAUCUUGUGUGUAUUUUCCUAUCAUUUGUUGGGUCCGUUUAAACUGAGUUGCUUGUUUUGCUUUAAACUUCUAUGAUGUUCCUUUUUACUUAUCUCAUCUCGAUCUCCUAAGAUCAUUUAGUGUCAACAUAUGUCAUCUUCUGCUUAUCAAAAAAAAAAAACAUAUGUCAUCUUCUGUGUAUUUUCCUUUCAUUUGUUGGGUCAAUUUAAACUGAGUAGCUUAUUUUGCUUUAAAUUUCUGUGAUGUUCCUUUUUACUUUUCUGAUCUUUCCUAUGAUCAUUUGGUGUCAACACAUGUCAUCUUGUGUGUAUUUUCCUUUCAUUUGUUGGGUCAAUUUAAACUAGUUGCUUGUUUUGCUUUAAAUUUCUGUGAUGUUCUUUUUUACUUAUUUCAUCUCUCUUAUGAUCACUUAGUGUCAAUAUAUGUCAUUUUGUGUAUUGGGGUCUAAUGACAUAAUACCAUUACUGUACUUAUUUUAGCAUAAUAUAUUUCGGUUGAUGAUUUAAAUAUUCUAUAUUCAAUGUAUUUAAUAAAUUAUGUGAAAUUUCACUUUAUUCUUCUAGUUCGAUCUCUUUUGUUUAAUAAAUAAAAAUUAUUACAGCAGAUCGAAUCUCUAUCCUAACUAUAAAUUCUAACAUAAUUCCCUACUCCACACCCCGCUUCAACUAAUCGGGCUCAAAAUUCUCAAUUUCCACCAAUUCCCAAUCAAUCAUUUUCAUUUAAAAAUGCAUAUUUUGCCUCACCACUUUGCAUGAAUCACUAGAUGAAUGGAGGUGACCAUUCAGUCUAUUUUGGUUGAUGAAUAAAGGUGAUUGGAUCGUGCAAAGAGAACCAAUUAGCCUCAAUUUUUUAUGAUAUUGAAUGAUUCGUCCCCAGAAAAUACCCCAUAUAUCGAUCGAGCUCAUCAUGAAAUAUCUUCCUUCAUUUUUUUUGUGUUCCCAUGCAUAAUAAGUAUAUAUGUUUUGUACUUUGUAAUAACUUUGAAGAGACAUUUAACUCUCAAAUCAAAAAAUCAUGCAAAUUUUUUGCCUUCAUAGAGACAACACUAAUAUCAUCUUCUGUUAGGUAGAGAAAUCAUUUCGUGAUUUUAGCCUGCAUCGAUCAAGAGUGGCAUGCAAUUCCUGUAAUGAGUUGUACGUGUUCGUAUUUCAUGUGUUACGUUUAUAAACCCUAAUAUCCGAUUAGUUUUUUUUUUUUUAAUCCGAUUAGUUUGAUUAAUUAUAUCAAAUAAUAAUCUCAAUACUACUCUAAUUUUCUUAUGUUAAUAUCAGCAUCAUUCUUUUAUUUGUAUAUACAGUUUGGUUGUAAAAAUAUAACAAAUGUGGAUUAUAUAUAUGCAUAGUCUAGAGAACUUCGACGGAGAUGUCCGAACUCAUUUGGACAGGACUCACAGGAGUAUAGAGUAUUAUCCCUAGCUAGUAAGACUACUAUGAGCCAAUCGGACUCUUAAUUCUGGUCGUUAAACCAAAGCCACCAUUGUUAUAUCUAAAGGAGCUUGUCCUGUAUCUGCUUUACUGGUAACUCAAUUCCUUUCACUUUUUAACAAUUAUGCCAAAGCACACCAUUAUUUGUUUUCCUCUUUUUUUCGUCUUUAUGUCACUUUUCUAGUCCUACCCUACUAUAGAAUAGCGACCAUAUGACCAACAGGCAUGAGCCAACUAGACAACUAGUAGUUUCGUGGCCUGCAUAUGUAUUACUUUUGGGUAGUGCUUACGGUAGAAAACAAGCAGAUAAGAUUGAUGCUUCCACAGGUUCCCUGUAAAGUGCCUCCAAAGCCUUUCAUUUGCUUUGCUCACAAAAAGAAAAAUGAAGGUAAAGUUUUUCUUCAUUAGCCUUAUUCAUGCCAUUAUUCUUAGUGCGCAGCAGCGUCAUCAUUGAAGAGAACAGAGAAAUUGACCACUGGUUUCAAAAGCAAAACCGAAGCUGACCCAACUCCAUUUCUACUUUCACGACACAGUUUCAGGGCCGGCCCAGACGGCAGUUAUGGCAGUCCCACCACCCAAGACUGUCAAGCCAUCCACCACCUUGUUUGGACAAGUCACCAUGUUUGACGACCCGCUAACCAAGGGACCCGAACUCACGUCCAAGAGCUCUUAGGUGGAGGCCAGGGGCUAUAGCAUCCCAAGAGGGAAAUCAGUCUACUUAUGGCUGUGACCUUUGUUCUCAGUAGUGGGAACUGGGAAGCACAAUGGCAGCAGUUUCACUAUCUUGGGGCGCAAUGCAGUGGAACAUUCCCCGCGAGAGUUUCCGAUUGUAGGUGGAACCGGAAAUUUCCGAUUGGCCCGAGGGUUUGCCAUUGCAAAGACUUUUCUUGUUAAUUCUAGUGUUGCUGUCGUGGAAUAUAAAUGUUGCAAUUAUGCAUUAUUGAACGCAAGAAUGAAAAUGGUCGGUGUGGUUCGUUUUCAAAUGAAUGAAUGUGGUUUAGUCUUUGUGUUGGUCAAGCAUGUUCCUAAUAAU